AGUCUGCCCAAAAUAUAUAAGCUAGAAUGUAUUAGUGUCCAUCAGUUAACCGUUGGAGCAGACGGUGAAGACAGCUUUCAGUUUCACAAUGUUUUCUACACUGGUAACCCUUACAGCAUUGAUAGCGGCAGUAGCAUCCGACCCAGCAGUUUAUAUAAGCAAUGGCUAUAUAUCGUCGCCCUUGACAUCAGCGGCUCUCGUAGCUCCAGCGGCCACUUCCCUGGUUGCAUCAGUGGGUCCAGUCGCACCACUAGCAGCACCUGUAUCUUCCGUCGCAUCAAUAGCUGCUGUACCAUACGCUUCAGUCUCCGACUACAGAUACUCUUACGGUUCAGCACUGAGUUACCAAGAUUAUGCUCCAGCCGUCAGCUCUGCAUUAACUCUGCCGUACGCUUUGCCUUAUGCGUAUGCAGCCGACUGGUACUACAGAAACUAAUAAGAACCACACACAGUAAUAGAAUCUUUUUCCGACGUAAUUACAUAUUAUAUUUUCACGUUAAAUGUUAUUACUUAACUACUGUUAUGUUAGAAUCAAAUAAAUGUUUUAUAUAUUUUUAUAAUUUUAAUUCUCUUAUGAGAACAUCUAUAAACUUGAGAUUUUUUAUGGAUUUGCUCCCUAACUACAUUUAGAUUUAUUUUAAUUUCACAAUUCACAUGAUAGGGUAGAAACCAGAAGACCUUAGUAUAUGAUAUAGUUCAUUGGUCACUAAAUGAUGAGGAAAACUACGGAGAUACAACAUAUGACUAAAAUGUCAACUAAUAAAAGCUUAAUUAAUUUCCGUAACAGAAAAGGAGGCAUACAUGAAAUUGUAAUUUCUUGUGUUCAAUUGAUGUUUAGCAGUUGUCAUAUGGCCAUUGCCAGGUUCAAUACUAGUUAUUUAAACCGGUACUUCAAUAUGGCCAUAUGAUUAUUUAUCAAUAACAUUACCGCAUAAUUUACUCAUAACUGGUGUAUUUCAUUAACACGCAAUAGCAGCUUAAAUAUAAGUAACAAUAAAAUGUUGUGGAUUUUUUGCUGAAAAAAAUAUAGAUUCUUUUGAAAAUGUGUUGGUGGAUAUUACAUAUGUAAAUUUUGAAAUACACAGUAACGGCCACUUAUAUAAUUGCAUUAUUAACAUAAUGCUACAAUAAUGUACGACAUACGUAAGUAAGACGUAUUUGUGUACAUUUUUUCAUGCCUAACAUGCAAAUUAAAUGUAAAAACUUAGUAUUCCAACGAGGAAUGGCAAGGAAAGCAAAAUAUUAUAUAUAUUACAUAUUCUUCAUUGUAUUAUCAAUCUAUGAAAUAAAAAAAAUAUCAGUGUGUUACUAGAUUAUGUUUAUAGACCUUUUCAUAGAUUCAACUAUAAUAUUAUAGUUAUGUUAUAAACAACAAACGUUACAUAAAUACAAUGACAACUAUACAGGCAUUUUGUCAUUAAUGCAAACAUUUGAAAUUAAAAUAAGAUCUUGCAAUUUUCAUAACUGGUAUGUAUUGUUUAUUAUAAGUGUGUCAGUUGUUUUUAUGUAUCUACUGGAACUUAUGCAGAAUUUAUAGUUCACUUCUUUGUAACACGGUAUUUUCUA